AUGGGCGGUCCAUCGGUCACUGCAGUUUCAAGACUGAAGAAGGACUAUGCAAAGUUGAUGAAGGACCCGGUACCUUUUGUGAUGGCAGCUCCUCUUCAUUCCAAUAUUCUGGAGUGGCAUUAUGUGAUAAAAGGAGCACCUCAGACACCUUAUGAAGGUGGGUUCUAUCACGGCAAACUUAUCUUCCCGCCUGACUUCCCAUUCAAGCCACCAUCAAUAUUUAUGCUAACGCCUUCUGGACGUUUCCAAACAAAUACAAGACUGUGUCUUUCGAUCUCUGAUUUCCAUCCAGAUACUUGGAAUCCUGCUUGGACGGUUUCAACUAUCAUAACGGGUUUACUUUCUUUUAUGAAUGAUACAGCUCCAACUCUAGGGAGUAUAACCUCAAGCGAUGCAGAGAAGCGUAUUCUUGCUAGGAAGUCUAGAGAAUUCAACCUAAAGGAUCGAAUUUUCUGCGAACUAUUUGGUGAUUUGGCUAAGCAAAUACGAGAAGAAUUAGCCGAAGAACGAAAUAAACUGUUAUCGGAAGAGAACGUAAUAGAUGAAACUGCAUCACAGAGAAGGUCUGGUGAAGAGGGCGAGUACGCUACCUUGACGUAUAAUCUUGUGGUGCUUGCAGGCGUGGUGUUAAUUGCGUUUGCAGUUAGAUUUGUCAUAUUAUCUGCUCAAGAGGAGAACUGA